CAAUAUUUGCAAUACUUCUAGCAGAGAACGUGAAACAGAGGUUGGGGCUUUUUUCUUUGGUCAAAAAUUGCAAAAUAUAUUGAGUGUUAUUUAUUAAAUUCUUAGAUCAAAAUGUCAGACACUGAAAAAAAUAUUCCAGAGGGAUGGGAAGUGCGCAAAAGUCGUUCUACCGGGUUGACGUAUUAUUUAAAUAUUUAUACAAAGGAGUCCCAGUGGGAUUUACCUACUGAACCCGCAAAGAAGGAAUCGUCAGGUCCUAGUGAAGUGCGAUGUUCACAUUUACUUGUAAAGCAUAAAGGCAGCCGGCGGCCUAGUUCUUGGCGUGAAGAAAAUAUAACGCGUUCUAAGGAUGAAGCACGUACGAUUUUAGAAGACUAUCGUAAGCAAAUCGAGUCUGGUGAAACUACACUUGCCGCCCUUGCCACCAAGUAUUCGGAUUGUAGUUCUGCAAAACGUGGCGGUGAUUUAGGACCAUUUGGAAAAGGCCAAAUGCAAAAAGCGUUCGAAGACGCAGCAUUCAGUUUGAAAGUUGGUCAGAUGUCAAAAAUUGUUGACACAGACUCUGGGCUACAUAUAAUUCUCCGGACAGAAUAAAUAACGAGUUCUUUAAUAUAAUACAUAGCCUCCAGUACCGGAGUAUUGAACUAAAAAGCGCAUUUCAAAAAAACUAUUGUCUUAACUUUUUUUUAUUUAUCUGAUCAUAUAUAUAAAGUUUUAUGCUUUCUUAUUACGUCUAUAACUUUAGCUCAAUAAGUAAUUCAUAAGUUGACGAUAAAACCAAAUUAAAAUAAAUCAAACAACA